AGGAUUUGACCCAUAAAUCAUAACUCUGGGCUGGCCCAUGCCUGCUUCCAAGGCUAAAUCCCAGCCAAGUCAUGGUCAUCAUCCCAACUCCAAGGACAGUGCUUCUUGGUAUUUAGCCAGAGCCCAUCUCUCUUCAUCAAUCCACUAAGGUCCUAGUUCUUCCAACGGUAACAAAUCAAAUGAACUCAUGAAUCACGCGAUGAUCUUCCACCAAUCCAAUAACACCAUCAUCAUCUCUUGUCCAAAUAUUCAAAGAGACUGACACGCACACCGAGCAAUCAAACCAGAGUCAAGUGGCUCGUACACCUCCGUACGCCUCGACCCAAUUGACCACCCACACUUUGUUCACGCGGGGUGACGGAGCCAGGGUCUGCUGAAGAUGACACUGGGAUUAAUUACAAAGCUUGAGUCUUCUCCCCCCCUCUGAUCUGACAUUGGGAACUGAUCAAAUUCAACAGAUACACAAAUCAAUAAACACUAUAUAAUACUCAGUAUGUUAGUUGUUUUUUUAAUGAUAAACAGUCCAUAAUGCUCAAGGUUUUGCUAACAAUAUAGGAGACCAAAGCAGAGACAGCAACCUUAGACCAAGCCUAAAAAGCCUUUCGGCCAUGGGUUUUGACUGGUCUUCAUAUCCAUGGAGAAUCCACCACGUGUCAUAACCCCAUUUGAUUUACCUGUUGAAAAAAAGUUAAAGCAUGUGAAUGACAACGGUGUCCUUUCUGUGGAAGUUAAAAUUAAAGACCCCAGUCCACCAGUCCAGACCAGUCCAAUCCAGUCCCCUUUAUUCUUCUCACAUGUCCUCAAAACCUACCAUUGCCCUAAACUAUUCUCCCCCCCUAUCUCUCUUGUCCGGACCUGGGCUUUCAAUGGGUAGCCUCCAGGCUGCAGACAUUGUCCAGAUCCAAUAUAAAAAAUGUGAAUCUAAUGGCCUUUCUCUGAUUUUUAGAUUCAAGUGCACAAUAAUUGGACACCCUUCCCAGUCUAUUAUCAUAGAUUUGGUUUGGAGAUAUUGGAGAUACAGUGUACCCCUAUCGCUGUUGUCCACUUCAAUUUGUUCUGGCUCUCUCUUGGCCAGCCUGCUUUGUAUUGAAGCAGCAUCCUCCUCACCCCUCAUUUCGUACCCUUCUGCAAAAAUUCCCCAUGUUCGCAGUUGUUUUGAUGAGUAUCUUUCAAGUUACUUAAAACCCGUUUCCAUCCCUAGCAACUUCAUUUGAUUUGAAUUAUCUAAGUGUCGCACGAAUGGAUUAUGGAUUGCUUAAAAAACUUGGGCGGAUGAGUUCUUUGUCAUGGAAAAGGGAAGAUGGGUUCACGUGACCACGUGAUAUCCUUCAAUAUUAACAUAAAGGAAUAGCUUCAAAAGAGAUUAGACUCAUGAUGACUUACCCACUUCACCACCCAAAAAUGUAUGUUAAAUGGAACACUCCCCACUCCAACCUAUUCAGUUUUUUUUAUUGGUGACAAUAUUUUUAAAAUGGAAGCAAGCCCAGAUCACGUGGCCCCUUCGAUGCGUCGGCAUCGCCAGCUCAUACACUGCCGAUAACUUACAAGUCAAAGCACGGUCAACCAGGCCAAUGCAUGCCGACCCCCUCUUCUGGAUUCUGCCACUGCGCUUCUUGCUUGCUUCCCAGUUUUCUCUCUCUCUCUCUCUCUCUCUCUUUCUUUCAAAUAAUAUUAAUUAUUUAGCUAAAAACAUUUAAAGCAUUUUUACCUCUUUUAACAAACACAAUGCCCCCCAACCCCGCCCAUUAAUAUGAUUCCAGUUGUUUUUAUUUUUUAUUUUUUUUUUAUGCCAGCAAAGGGAACAACUGUUACCAUACCCCCAAAGCCACCCAUCAAUUCUUCAUUUAAUCUCUGUUGUAAACCAUUAAUGGUGGCCCCACCAAAUAUGCCCAUAUGAGAACAUCUUGGUUGAUAUAUAUAUAUAUAUAUAUCUAUGACAUGUGAAUGCAUGCAUUCUUCACCAAUAAAAAAAUGGAGUUGAAUUGUUAGCAGAAAUUAAUUAUACGUGGUCAAGGGUGAUAUCUAGAUGAAAAUAUCAGUUUUUGCGGGCAAGUUUCAUCUGGGUUUCCAGAUAAGCUUCUUGGAAGUUGGGAUUAGAUAUGAAGCAAAGGCAGUAGUGGGGACGUGGUAAGAAUUGUUUAAGCUUUCGGGGUUUAAAAUUACACCCACCACCCACGGGUGGUAGAGGUCCUCAACUAGUGGGAAGCAGGCGCAGCGAAACUUCCCGGUUUGUAUUUCCAAGAAUGGUCAUGGAUGAAUGCCAAUUAACAUGUCAUGACAAAACAUCGCGUCAUGACAUGACAUGCAUGAAGUCAAAAACAUACAUUAAGCUCACUGCUUCUUUUGAUAUAAAUACAAACAUCUACUAGUGGGGUUGUAACAGUGGAAAGAGGGUGGGGGUCUGGGGUAGAAUUUAUUAGUCUUUUCCAUGUUGUUUUGAAUGCCCAUGGCAUGUUUAGACAUGUACAACUCCGAGCACAAAGGUCUUUGCGCUCCAAUGAGCCCCAGAAUCUCUUUCUCCAAUGAUUUUGUUGAGUCCCAGCAGAUGAUCAAGCACGAAAGGAGCUCCAGGGAGGCUCCAGUGUCUUCAGACUUUGAAUUCUCUGUGACCAACUACUCCAUGAUGAGUGCUGAUGAGCUUUUCUUCAAGGGUAGGUUGCUGCCUUUUAAGGACAAUUGCACCAAUCACUCGCAGAAGACGACCCUCAGAGAGGAGCUUCUUGUGGUUGACGAGGAGGAAGUUUCACGCCGGCCGCCCAAGGGCUCCACCAGAUGGAAGGGGCUUCUGGGUCUCAAGAGAACCCACAUUGGCUCCAAGAAAACUGAUAAGACUGAUGGGCCAAUGGUGGAAGGCAAGAGGUCUGUUUUGGUUCAUGAAGAGGCUCAUGUUGGCAAGACCUCGACACAGGAAAUGUUGAAUGAUGGAGGGUCAAGUUGCAGAGACGUUGAGUUUAGGACAUAAUGAUGCCAUUAUGGAUGGUGAUGGAUUUGUAGAGGGUGGUGGGCAUUUUUUCGGAAGUGAGGAUGGAUUCUUCUAAUUUUUAGCGGAGGUUUGGAUAAAAAAAUUUAGAGGCCAUGCUGAUUUGUAUUAGCUGCUUGAUUUCAACUUUGAUUCAUCUUUCUGAUGUUGGUUUAGAGUCUCACUGCUCUUCUUUGUUUCCCUUUUGGAUCUCCUAGUAGUCGGAUGUUUGGCUGUUUUCUGUACAAAAUGUUUGCAGUUGAAAGAGCCUCUGUUUGAUGUUUAGCACUAA